AAAAGCCAACAAAAGGACACCAAUAAUGAUAAAGACAAAGACAUAGUAAUGAAGAGCAUCGGCAGUGAGAAGGAGGUGCCGGUGGACACGAUGGAGACGACUGGCAGUGAGUCGGUGGUGACCCCGAAGCCGAAGCUGUUGGAUGAGUUCGGACACUAUCCUCAAUGGAUGAAUCAAAGACACGUCAAAAAGCAACAAAACAAACGCAAAGUCAAGAGACUUAAGUCUAAACGUAAAUAAAUGUCUAUUUGUUGUGUAUUUUCUUAUUAUUUUAGUUUUGAUUUAAUAAACUUUCAGUUGGUUUAACCGUAAGUGCUAUCAAGUUGAUAAUGUUUGUGACACUUAAUCCAUGUCAUUGUCUGAGUAACCAAACAAGUGACC